AGGAGGGCAGCCAACGACUGACCACACAAGUGGUCCCUCUUUUUCCUUGAGCUCAUGCUGGCCACUGGUAACAGAACAGAAAAAACCCUUUGCCCUGUUUUUUAAAUCCUCUCCUCCUAUUUGGAGAACUACCAAAUCUGGGAUGACCUUGUAACUGACUUGGAAUUAUUGUGGGACUUUUCGCCUUCAAAAGGAUUUUUCUUGUUUCUCCGCAGACCUUUUACUUUGUGGUUUUUCAUUGUAUGCUGCUCUUUUUUAAAAAUAUUAUAGUCCACAGCCAAGUUUUGGAAAGUGUGAUGUGCUCUUGUGCCUAUUUGCAGGCCAACUAUAAAUAGUCCAGCAGCCUACGCAUGCUCAUGUUUGAUUGGAAAUUGCAGUGCCUUAAGUCAGUGCUGUGGGGUAUCUGUGAAAGGAGGGAAAGAAACUUGUGAAUGCUCAUAUCCAUCUCUCAGGAAAGCCAAAAAAUAAGUGACAACACAAACUUUUUUUUUCCUGGAGAGCUUUUUUUCUUGAGUAUCUCUUCUUCUGGUGGAAAAUGGGUUCACGGAGGGCAACGACAACACGUUCCUCUUCUUGGAAUGGAAGGUCCAGCAAUGGGGAUGAUAGCAGUGGGAGUAGCCGGCCUGGCAGCUGCAGCUACCUCUCUAACGUGAGACCAGAAAACAGGAGCACACUCUGCAGUGUCAUGGCACAACUUACUGAGGAAACGCAGCCAUCCUUUGAAAUAACCCUCAAGUCAAAAGCUGUGUCUGAGAACUGCAAUGUGAAGUUCUCAUGUGUGGUUACAGGAUACCCUAUCCCCCAAGUUAUGUGGUAUAAGGAUGAUAUGCAGUUAGACAGAUACUGUGGACUGCCGAAAUAUGAAAUAUUCCGCAAUGGACAAAACCAUUCCCUGCACAUUUACAAUUGCACUGUGGAGGAUGCAGCUAUAUACCAGGCCUCAGCCAUCAACACUAAAGGUAUUGUGUCCUGCUCUGGGGUUCUGGAGGUGGGUGAAAUGAAUGAGUUCAAGAUCCACCAGCGCUACUUUGCAAAGCUUAAACAAAAGGCUGAGCACAAGCGCAGGGAAGCGGAAGGUAAAGAAAACCAAGAGCCACUAAGAACCAUCAGCCCGGACCGUUCGCAGAGGAAACGCCGCUCCACAAUGGAGGCCUUUCUCAGCAUGCCAAGCUCCAUGGAGGAUGAGGGCAGUGAGGAGAACCACCAGGCUGUGGCUCUAGAGACUGAGGCCAGACUGCAGGAGCCCACUGUGGAGAAAGCUGAAGAAAAGCCAGUCCCUGUUACUAAUGGAGCAGUUUCUGCUAUCACUAAUGGACAAGUCUUAAGUGAAAAUGGAACCAAGGGGGGGACAUACACAUAUGACACAGCACAAAAGAUUUUCACCUUACACCAACCAAAAACUCCCUUUGUCAAGAAGAAGAUUAAAAUUUCUAAUAGUGCAAAAGUUGCAAAAGCAGAUACACAGGGAGAGAGGGUGUCUGAGGAAAGAAGGGCAAAAGACGAGACCCCAACCCUUGUAGCCCCAGUCUGCAUAGAUUCAUUGUGGUCUAAGGGGAAGUCAAAAGAGGUUAUGGAAGUAGAGAAAACGAUUGUGGAUUCAGACUCCAGAAACAUGACAGAGCAACAUCAUAAAUCAGCAAAAGAGGAAACAAUGCUUGUUGAGAGGCCUUUGAAGGAUGAAAACGUACGUGUCGUACAAAGAGAACAACUCACUGUUUCAGUAUCUCCUGCUGCUCUUACAUCUCCGAGACAUAUUGUUUUGGGAACUGAAGGUAAACAAACUGCAAAGCAUGAGAAGAGGGCUGGACACAAAGACACCAGAGAAAAUUUGGAAAUGCAGAAACAAAGCCCUUACCUCAACCUAAACGUUACCUCAACACAACCACAGUCAAGUGUGGCAUCAAUGCCCCUAGGCAAAUUAAAGGAAGACAUUAUAAAAACAGAGGGUACUACAGCUAUGGAUAUUGAUGAGAAGUCAGAUACCUCCACUAGUGGGUCUUUAGCACACAGGGACCUCAAGUCAGUGGACACAGUGUAUGAAACCUGGACUGCUCUGCCUCAGCGUCCAUGCAAAGAGGCUGGAGAUCAGCUGUCUGAGAAGGAAACAAGCCCCUGCCAAAAAAGCGAGUCUGAGUCUCGGCCAGCCGUGCUGAGUGAGGUUACACAGGCCCAUACAAAGAUGAACAGGAAUGGUGCACCUGUCAACCUUGAGCCUCCACCCGACCAGUGUACGAUGGACGCACAACCACCACAAAGGACUCCAUCAGAAAGUGAGACCACGGCAGAUGACAUCCAGACUCUGUCUUUGCACCAUGGUCUUCAAGCAGCCAUUGACAACAUGACACAGGACACAUGGGAUCAUUCCAGGGGAUCAAGUGAAAGCCAUACAGUCCUUUUUACAGACCUACAGAAGUCAGCCCUUGAAAACCCUGGUGGAGGUGAGAACACCCAAGAGUGUAACGUUUCGUCCAUUGCCCUGCAAAGCCAAGUUGAUACAGCUAUAAAAACUGUUGAAGGGACAGAAAUACAAGUUGAUGAGAAGGUACAGGGUAACAAGGUAGGUGAGUUAUUAGGGCAGGUUGACAGUGUGGCCCCAAAUGAGAAGAUAGUUGAGAUGGAGACUGAAACUGCUGCACUACACAUGGUUAAACAGACUAAAACAGAAACAACCAGAGAUGCAGUGGGCAAAGAUGCUGACGCUGUCAUUGUGGAAGUAUCUUGUAAAGAGAAGAAUGAGCCAGUAUCAAAAAUGGCAGAGGAAAGUAAUUCAGAAUUACAGAAUUUAAAGCCACAUGAAUUUGAGACUGCUAUACCACACUUAAAUAAUCAAGAAAAUGCAAAGCCACUGGAACAAAUUAUAGACUUCAAUGAAAUUGCAAGACCCGUAUCAAAAGUCAUAUCUAUUGCUGAACUCCUGAGAUCACAAAUAAAGGCACUUGACCUCCCACUAGCAAAUUCAGUGCCAACCAUAGUACCUCAUGCUGACUUUGUACAAGAACCUAAAACAGUUGCUAAAGAGACAUGUCAGGAGUUAAGAACUGAUGAUGAAUGUAAACUGGAAGUGAAUAAGUCAUUGCCUGACAGGAAAACUGAGACAAUUAUUGAUGUUACUCCCCCCACAAACAUAAAGGCAACACUUAUGGAGGUGUAUCAUCAACUAAAUCAAACUGAUCAAGAACAAAUUCACACUCAAGGUGCAAUUACACCAUCUGUUCAGGCUUUACAAAAACCUCUUGCGAUCCCUCCCAUCUCUGUCGUAAACACUGGCACCAUUAUAGAAACCACAGGACUUUGUGGCAGUGCCAAAAAACAUAAUGGAGGUGUUAUGGACAUUGGCCAGGAAACUGGAGUUUCAAGUCUGGUUCCCUUGAUAGACUACUCUGCUGUUUCACUCACUGAGAGUGAAAAUGUCAAACAUGAAUUUCUUCCUUCAACUUCUAAGGAUGGACUGAUCAACCUAUCUGGAACUAUAAGUGAAGGAUCUGGGACUCCCAUAAAGGCCAGUAGUCAGGAGUCAAAUAUUGCUGUUUUGGAGCAUGUCCAAGAUGAACCUGUUCAAGGCAAAGACAUGAUACAAAAAUUCCAAAAUCCAGAAAUGAAACUCAACAGCAAAACUGAAAGGGGGAUUAGUGAAGCAAAUUCCACAACACCUUUAGAUCAAUGCAGAAUGGAGGAACAUGACACUCACACCAGUUCUUCGCAGAAAGAAGAAAAGUUUCCCACUCAGAGUGUAUUUAGCCCAGAUACACAAAAGAGUAAUCUUCAACUUCCUCAGCAGGACAGCUCUAUGGUUGAGGAAUUUUCAAGGAAGGACUCCUUAACCAAUCCAACUCUUGAGACUAGUCCGUUGUUAAAAAGAAGAAACUGUGCUUCACCUAUUCCCUCUGCUACUCCACAAGAGCUGGCCUCUGGGGCCCGCCGCAAAAUCCUAAUACCCAAGGCCAAACCUGAGGAGGCCACAGAGGCUACAUCACCCACUGAUAACCAAGCUCAGAAAAAGGAGGUCUCAUCCCCAAGCAGCAGGCUCUCCACAAGUCCUGUGAUGCCCUCUACGUCUCCAAGCCUGCCUCGACGGUCUCCUCUACUUCAGCCGGCUGGUGAGCGAACCUCUCCUGUAGAAAGGCAUUCUCCACUCUUGAGCAGGAGAAAGACAGCAUUGGAGACUCAAGUACCAAGCCAGCAGGCGGCUGAGGAGAAAACUGAGGGGAAAACUACAGAGAAGGAUAAGCAUGACCCAUUCAAAGCUCCUCAAGUUAUUCGGAAGAUCAGGGGUGAAACCUUUGCAGAUGCCUCAGGACACCUGAAACUGUGGUGCCAGUUCUUCAAUGUUCUUAGUGACUCAACAAUUAAGUGGUUCAAAAAUGAAGAGGAAAUCACUCAGAUUAAAAGAAAUGCAGGGGAUGAAACUCAAGUCAAUCUUGCCAUUGUUCAAGCAUCAUGCAAAGACUCUGGUGUUUACGGAUGCUCAAUCACAAAUGAAUAUGGGACAGACUCAACAGACACACUACUCAGUGCAGAUAUUUUAGCAGGAAUGUCCCUACGUGAGGAUCUUGGUGUUGGAGAAGAAAUUGAAAUGACACCCCUUAUAUUCAGCAAGGGUGUGGCUGAUUCUGGCAUUUGGGGCAACAAAUUAUUUGGCCGUAUAAUGAUGCAGGAAUCUCAUAUUGGUGGUGGCUGUUCUCACAAAGUCUGGAGGGCAAAAGUCAUCUAUGGUUUGGAGCCUGUGUUUGAGUCUGGUAACACAUGCAUCAUUAAAGUACGCAAUCCUAUUGCCUAUGGAGGCAAAGGAGAAACCUGCCUUGUAGAAAGAAACCUGGACAUCAUCAAGCAGGAGUGUAAAAUUCAGAACUUGGCUCGUGAAUACUGCAAAAUCUUCUCCGCGGAGGCAAGAGUGAUUGAAAACUUUGGCCCCUGUCUAGAGGUUGUUCCAGUCUACUUGAUGUACCGGCCAGCAAACACUGUCCCCUAUGCCACAGUGGAGGCUGAUCUGAAAGGAGACUAUCAGCAAUACUCUGUCCUGGAUCAUACAGGCAGAAUGCACAUGAGGACUGGUUCUGGGGUGGAGCAAAAAUGCUGUGCCCUGCAGCACUGGAUCUUUCAGUGGACCAAUGGCAAUCUGCUACUCACCCGGCUAGAAGGUGUUGACACGAAGAUCACCAGUGUUGGGAUUUCAGUCAAGUCUACGGGGCAUCAAGGUCUAUCAGUCGAGGGGAAUCCCAAAGUUUUUGAGCAAUUUGUCUCCCAACACCAGUGUAACUACUUCUGUGGUCUGCUUGGCCUGAGGUCACUAAAGGUUAUGGACUCUUUAUUGACGCCAGCAAAGCCCAAGGGCUCCAGGAGCCCGUUACUUCAACGCAAGAUGACCGCUGGUUCCUCCAGUCCUCAGACCGGCCGGAAAGCUGCCGGCAGCCCCAGAAUGCCAAGAAAGGCUGAACAAGAGGGCAGAAAGACCCCAACUAAACAAAAACCUGCUGAUGCAGUUAAGAUGGCAUAGAAAGAGUAUCUCUUAGAGAUUGCAGAUAUUCACAUAAAGCCCAGGAAGAGCUGGAGGGAAGAUAGACAGCUGAUGACAACCUCAGAAGUUUAAAACCCUUCAGAAACUGGGGAAGGAGAUUAAUAAAUAAUAUGACUUAAUUUAAUUUUAACAGCCACCAUUCCUUGCCAUGAUCACUUUUUGUGGACUGAUGCCCUCACGUGUUUUGGUGAAUUUCUAUUGUGUCUUGCAUUUACAGUAUGUUCAAAUCCUAAGGCUAAAGCUAUAAUGUAAUAAGAAGUAGUGACUUUCCUGGGUUUGUAGUCUAUCAAUCCAUGUACCAUAGGUCACAGAUUGUGGAUGCCAAUCUCAGGUCAGUUUGUACUUGUAUAGUAUACAUAGUAUUUGUACUAUGUGAUGACAUAAAACAUUUUGACUGAAGUGGCAUUAUAUGUUGUCUAUUGUACGUGUAAUUUCCAUUGCAAGAGCACUACUUUUAUUCCUUUGCAGUCACCCUUGUCAAUUCAAGAAAACAUCAAAAAAAAAAAGGGGGGGGGGGGGGGGGGGGUAUACACAGUAAGCCCCAUCGUCAUACAUGUUCUAAAGGUAGGGAGUGAACAGCCAUUUUUUUCAUGUAUCAGUCCAAAUGUAGCUUCACAAGACACUGUUGUACAGUGGCUAAUGGUGCUGUGCUUUUAUAUUGUAACCUGUUAAGUUUACUUGCUAUUCUAAAUUGCACUGCAUUUUUAGAGACUGCACCUUUGAAUGCAACUGGCUGUAAUAUAAAAGAUGUAAUUACGUCUUGUACAUCUGGAGAGGCUGUGAAAGUGCAUGACAUGUGCUUUUUAAAUAAAGUGUCAUUCUUAAUGGAAA